AUGUGCACCGGCGAGUGCGUCUGCUUUUUCUGCCCCCGGUCCAUGGUCCGGGACCGUCUCUGCCCGUACUACAUCCCCAACGCCCCGGGCGGGCCCAAGGCGCAGCCCCUCGCCAUCAUAUGGAUCGAGGCCCUUUUCGUGUGCUGCGGCAACCACCAGGGCAACUGCCUCAACUGCCCGGAGCUGUACGAGCCCGGGAACAUUGAGCACCAAAUUGCUACCCACCUCGAGUGCGAAGACUGCACCCUCCGAAACCAGGCCGAGAGUUAG